UUGGCUCAGACCUUUUCCGGUUUGACAGUUUGACGCUCAGUGGUCGCUAUGGAGGAUGAGUCGGCGCAUGAAGUUUUGCAGAGCCUCCGGGAGACGCUGAACCGCACACAGAUCGGUGCAGCAGAGCUGAUCCGGAAGUUCCAAGUGGAUGACCAGGGCACCUGCGAUGCUACUGCUUUUCGAAACGCCCUCUCAGAUUUGGGUCUUGAUCUUGCAGAUGAACGCUUCGACUCCCUGGUGAACGUGCUGGACAAGGACAACGAAGGCAGGAUCAUGCUGAAGCACCUUGAGGCCAGACUGAACCGCACUUCCUCAAAGCAAGUUCGUACGCAAGUCUCGGUCAUGUGGAAGGACCGAGAUGCGAUAUCAGAGGCCGGUGAUGGCACCGCCAGGGUGGGCGACUGGCUGCCCAGCGAAGACAAGCACGGCUGCCUGACAGAGCGUGAAAGACGAAUGAACAGCCACCGCAGAAGACCGGUGCAAUUGGAGCCAAUGACCAGAAGCGACUUUGUCAUGGCAAACAUCAAAGGUGUGCUCAAUCGGAGGAAAAUCCGUUCCGUGGAAAUCUUUAGGUUUCUGGAUACCAAUGGAAACGGAGGCGUGUCUCCUGAAGAGCUGGCACGAGGCUUACACAGGUUGGGCGUACACAAGCUGAGGGAUUCUGAGCUGGAGGAAGUGGUUGCAAGUCUGGACACCGAUAGGAGUGGAGACAUUAGCUUGACUGAGUUUGACAAAGCCUUGCGCCUGGCUGAGAAGAAGGCACGCGCAGAAGGUCGCACCGAUCUGGUUGAUAAAUGGAAGGUGCCUCCUGAGCUAAUGCUGGACUAUGGCCAGAAGUACGACUGGUCGAAGCGGACGCUGAAGUUCGAUGGCAGGUUUACUGGGCAGGAUGAUACCUUGUCCUCUGGAAAAGUCACGAGCCGUGACAUCGACCAAUCCUUGCACUCCUUGGACUUUGAUCCAGAUGACUUGGAAGAGUCGAAGACCUCGCAGUGGACUUCCAAAAGCUCAAAAAGUACAUUGCUGAAUGCCUCAAGGUGGCUGCAGGCUUCUAGAGGUCCUUUAGGAGCAGCCAUCUCGGCACCAAUUGGCUGUGGGAGCCUGCACGACAACUUCAUCUUCCGCCAGCGCUUGGUGGACAACACCUGGGCCUCCCGCCCGCCCAAAAUCGAGCAUGAGCGGCUGCCGCUGUACAGAUAUGGCAGGUUUCGGCGCGCCAUAGCUGAAACCCGCUGGGGGGCCGAACCUGUGGAGGUCCCAGAGGCAAUGCUGAAGACCAGAGAUGGCUGUCUGGAGGCAAGUCGUCCUCGACGAUUGACUGAUCUGGACCGGGGCAGGGAGAAGUUCCAUGCGCCGCUGCUGAAGUCGGUGAUCGACACCGUGGUCUUCGGGCACGAUUUGGAUUUCUCCAACGACAAGACCUGCAAUGAGACCUUCAAGGCCAAAUUUGAAGGUGCCUAUGGGCGUGCGUCCUGGUUCACAUCGGAGGAAGACCUAGGGAGUGGCCUUUUCAGAAAAGCCAUUGUGUGAGCAGCUGCAUGUGACUGGCCCCGUGACGAGGGGCAGUCGAAAUGUCCGACAAGCCAAAAGAACAGUCAAUUUUGACCAUUUUCCGAUAGGCUUGGCAUACAAAGAUGUGUCAUCUCAUUUGUUUUCCACGGUCUUGGUUUAAAACCAGCCGUGGCAGCUGGUUGAAAGUCAUUGCUCUGGUUGUUGCAUGUGAGAUCAGUGACCUGGCCAGCCAUGGUGGCGGCAAAUGCUCAGCCACCCUUGUAACCGCAGCCAUCAGUGAUGGUGUACAUUUGACGUCCGACAUGCCCUGGUUUCGCAUGCGGAAGAGCGUCCCGAAUUGCAAAGAGGUUGAUCAAGCGAGGCCAUGUUGAGUUUGGACACCGGUGGUCAGUGAGUGUUGCACCUGAGGCCCAAUUCCAGCAGGCGCAAGGCAGGGAUUUGUUGUUCAGUCAUGAUUCAUGGCUUGUUUGUUGCAUGGGUCCAACCAGCUCAGGCUGCGCAGGCUGCGGUGGCUUCGGCGUGGACCCAAGUGGUCAACAACUUGC